CAUCAACUAGUCUUAGUGUGAUCGUUUUUCAGAAUACUUAACCUUCAGCGUUGGCAAACAAAGAAAACAUUACUCCGACAUUGUAAAGAAAAGAAAACAUCAAUUUAGGAGCCAUAUAAUUGACUGAGAACCACCUUGACCUACCAUUUUUCGUAGUGACUUUUAAAAUACUUGUUCAUUUCAUGGUACAGCUUCUCUACUACGAAAGUCGUGGCGUAUCUUGUAGUUAUCUGCUACGCAAUGGGAUGACAAAGCUGGUAGUCAAAUUGGAAGCAUGUGAAAAUUGGCCAUAUCCAAGUUCCGAAUCACAAUGGUUGUUAAUAUUCAAUCGAUUUAUACGUAAUUGGUGUAAAGUCAUUCAAAUAACUAGUGGGGGAACAAAGAGAUAUGAAACAAUUGGGCAUGCCACAUUUACAAAACUAGAAGGCACAAUGUUUGUCACAGGAAAAUUUAAAGGUGAUAUGGCAGCAAAACAACAGAGGAUGCCAGAUUUCUGUCUAUUUCUAACUACAAACAUAUUGGAUAAUGACUUUUAUCGUGGUUAUUUACUAACUGGAAUGCUAGAAAGAGGUAAUCGAAAGGAAGGCAUAUGGGAAUCAACACAUUAUGCUUAUGUGAAGCGUCAAGGCUACUGAAAACAUUAGACAUAUUUAUUGUCAUCCCUUCUGUAAAUUCAUGUCAUUUCUGUCGACAGUAUUCCCAAAACUAUAUUAAAUUACUGAAUAAUCAAUGUGAGAUAACUGAAAUAGUUAUGUAUCCAUCCAUAUGUGAACAAAUAAG